AGAGUGAGUAAGAAACAAGGAUUUCUUUUAAUAAUUUCAGCAGUCUGCCUCUAUAAAUCAUUUAUACAGUCCGUGUGAGAGUAGAAGCAGAUUCAUAGCAGAGAUCACUAGAGAUGGAAUCCGUGAUGAAGAAGGGCUGUGAAAUAGAAGCCAAAUGUAUCAACUACAAGGUAGAUGUGGAGAAAACAAGCCACCCUUUCAGGAUAUGGAGCAGAGAAGAGGAGCUCAGCUCACCAAAUCCAGUAGAUGAGGAACAAAAAGUUGGGAUGGUUAAGAGGGCUAAACAUGUUCUGAAGAAUGUGAGCUGCAGAGCAAGGCCAUGGGAGAUACUUGCCAUUGUUGGGCCUAGCGGCGCCGGAAAAUCCAGUCUCCUUGAGAUCUUAGCAGGACGGAUCAUUCCACAAACAUCAAACAUAUUAGUCAACCAGAAACCAAUUGACAGGAUCCUGUUCAAGAAGAUUUCUGGGUAUGUGACACAGAAAGACACUUUGUUUCCACUCCUAACAGUUGAAGAAACACUCUUGUUCAGUGCUAGGCUCAAACUGAAGCUCCCCUACUCGGAACGGGUUGAUAAAGUUGAAUCUCUGAUUAAGGAACUCGGCUUGGAACACAUUGCACAUUCACGAAUUGGCAAUGAGAAGAUCAGAGGCAUCUCCGGUGGAGAAAGAAGACGUGUCUCGAUAGGUGUUGAUGUCAUCCAUGAUCCUGCAGUGCUUUUGCUGGACGAGCCCACAUCUGGCUUGGACAGCACAUCAGCUCUGCAGAUCAUUGAUAUGCUUAAGCUCAUGGCCGAGAUUCAUGGCAGGACAGUAAUUCUAAGCAUUCACCAACCAGGAUUCAAGAUCAUAAAGCUUUUCAAUUCUGUCCUGCUAUUGGCCAAUGGGUCAGUGCUCCAUCAUGGCACCACACAGCAGCUCCAAAAUCAUUUGGUAUCAGCAGGUUUGGAGAUUCCUAUGCAUGUAAACAUAAUUGAAUUUGCAAUUGAUGCAGUUGAUGAUAUUCGCAAACAACUUCCUCAAUACCAAUAUGAAGAAGCUAGGAAUAAAGGGACGCUACAGCAGCUGUUCCGACUGAACAAAGCAGUCGAGGGAAGCUUUGAUGAGGGUGGAGGAUUUAGUUCUGAAUGGAUAUGUGCCAAUUCGAGGAUCAAGGAGAUUAUUAUCCUUAUGGAGCGAUUCGCCAAAAGCACAUUUAGAACAAAGGAGCUUUUUGCCGUGCGGACUUUGCAAAUGUUAAUAGCCGGUUUGGUUCUGGGGACCAUCUUUCAUGAUCUCAACCGAAGCAUAACCGGUCAGCAAGAAAGAAUAGGCCUGUUUGCUUUCAUUUUAACUUUCCUGCUAUCCUGCACAACAGAAGCUCUACCAAUCUUCUUGCAGGAAAGAGAGAUCCUAAUGAAAGAGAUUUCAUCCGGUAGCUACAGGAUAUCAUCGUACGUAAUUGCAAAUGGAUUAGUUUUUCUGCCAUUUCUGCUCAUCUUGGCAUUGCUGUUCUCCAUUCCACUAUAUUGGCUUGUGGGUCUGACUAGGAGCUUCUCAGCUUUCCUCUACUUUGUUUUGAUAAUCUGGCUAGUUUUGUAUACCGCAAAUUCUGUUGUUGCGUGCUUCAGUGCUUUGGCUUCAAAUUUCAUCAUUGGGAAUUCAGUGAUUGCAGGUGUCAUGGGAUCAUUUUUUCUGUUUUCUGGAUACUUUAUAUCGAAGGAUCAAAUACCAAGAUACUGGAUCUUCAUGCAUUACAUUUCUCUGUUCAAGUAUCCAUUUGAAGCAUUCAUGGUAAAUGAAUUUUCGUCUUGGAAGGGAUGCCUGGGUUACAAGUUUGGUAGAUGCUUGAUGACUGGUGAGGAUGUGCUUAAAGGGCAAGGCCUUGGAGAGGCAGACAGAUGGAGGAGCGUGAUGUACAUGAUCUGCUUCAUAGUAGCCUACAGAUUCUUUUCCUACAUCAUCCUCAGAUGCAGGUGCUCUCAUGGCAGCCUAAAGCAGCUUUUAGUCUGACUUGUUCUUCCUUGAAACCAUCAGAAAAUGUAAUAAAGCAAGUCACAAAUGACGAAAUUCCACCUAACUUGUGUAUGUUUGGAAUAUGUAAGCUACUCUGCUUUUCUUAUAUCAUUUUGAUAAAAAAAUUGUGCUGUUUAUAGCAUUUACUCUAA